CUGAAUUUUCUGAUCUUUUAUUGUCAAUUAUCAAUAAUAAAAAAAUGGAAGUUGAUAUUACAGAUGAAGUUUUGCCUGGAAGUCCUAAAAAUGAUCAACAUCAAGUAGUUCCUGAGCCGCCAUACCUUAUGAACGGUGACGAAGGUUUUUACGCGCUUUUACCCUCAUUAAAGUGUUUAGAUAUACAUAAUGCCUUUUUAGAUCCAUACAAGCCAGAAGGUCAAAUUACACUCAAAAUUGAAAAGUUCAGCGAGUUUGCUCAUGAAGGGCCAGAGAGUCGUCGAUUGAGCGAUCCAGUUUAUAUUCGUGGAUUGCCUUGGAAAAUUUUGGCUAUUCCAAGAGAAAUGGGACGUCGUCCUCCAAUGGGGGCAGCGUCGAUGCAAAAAUGUCUUGGUUAUUUUCUACAAUGUAAUGCUGACAAUACAGGUCCUUAUUUUCAGAAUUCAGAUCCUUCUUGGAAUUGUUCUGGUAAUGCGACUCUUAAAAUUCUUGCGCAAAAGCCAGGAAAAGAGGAUCAUGUUCGUAAAAUAAGCCAUGUAUUUCAUGCGAAAGAGAAUGAUUGGGGCUUUGCGCAGUUUAUGACCUUUGAGAAUAUUAUGAACCCUGAUGAUGGCUGGUAUGAUGAGGAAACGGAUACUAUCAUUCUUUUUGUUGAAGUAACCGCAGAUGCACCACAUGGGGUUAAUUGGGACAGCAAAAAGGACACGGGAUGUAUUGGUCUCAAAAAUCAGGGUGCCACUUGUUAUAUGAAUUCUAUUUUGCAAACGUUAUUCUUUACAAACAAGCUUCGAAAGGCAGUAUAUCAAAUGCCGACUGACGAAGAUAAUCCUGAUAGUUCAGUAGCUUUGGCUAUGCAAAGAGUUUUCUUUGAGCUCCAGUUUUCUGAUUCUCCUGUCGGUACUAAAAAAUUGACAAAGUCUUUUGGUUGGGAUUCUAUUGAUUCUUUUCUUCAACAUGAUGUACAAGAAUUUUGUCGUGUGUUGUUAGAUAAUCUUGAAAAUAAGAUGAAGAAUACAAAGGUUGUUGACACAAUUCCUUCUCUCUUCAAAGGAUGUAUGAAGUCUUACAUCAAGUGUAAGGAUGUUGAUUUUGAGUCGUCACGUGAGGAGUGUUUUUACGACCUCCAACUUAACGUCAAGAACAAGUCUAAUGUUCUCGAAUCAUUCAAAGAUUAUAUUGAAACAGAAAUGCUUGAUGGGGACAAUAAAUAUGAUGCUGGGGAUUUUGGACUUCAACCUGCAGAGAAAGGCCUCAAGUUUCUUUCUUUUCCGCCAGUAUUGUACUUACAACUUAUGCGUUUCCAGUACGAUCCAUUAUUAGAUGCAAACGUGAAAAUUAAUGACAGAUUUGAGUUCACAGAUACCUUGGAUUUGACUGAGUUCAUUGAAACCGAAGAAAAGGAAAACAGCGCAAAGGAUGAAUUUAAUUAUUUAUUACAUGCUGUUCUUGUCCACUCCGGCGAUUUUCAUGGUGGUCACUAUGUGGCAUUCAUCAAUAUAAAUCUCAGAGGAACUGCAAAGUGGUGUAAAUUUGAUGAUGAUGUUGUGUCUAGAGUUGCUUAUAGAGAUGCUGUUAUAGCAAAUUUUGGAGGUGAAAAUAUUGAGGGAAUGGGACGUUCUUGUACUAAUGCAUAUAUGCUUGUAUACAUUCAGAAGAAGGCUAUCGAUGAUGUUCUUGGUCCAGUUUUGGUUGAAGAUAUACCUGAACAAUUACGUUUACGUUUUGAAAAUGAGAAAAAACGAGAAUAUGAACGCCGACUGGAACGUGAGGAGGCGAAUAAUUACUGUGAAAUUUCGCUGAUUUUGGAUGAGGAAAUGAAGUCGCAUCAUGAAUUUGAAUUAUUUGAUAGUCGAACUCUUGAGGCGCAAUCUCGAAAAUUAAAAGUGCAAAAGAAUAUGACUUAUCGGGAUUUAUACAAAUUUAUAGCUGCUAAUCUGAAUAUACCGGAGACAAGCUUUCGUUUAUGGGAUUUUCAAGAUGAUGAUCGUCAAGGCUUGCAUCGUUUUCGAUGUGAAAAUUCUCGUCCUCGCAACUUUCUUGAUCCCAAUGAAACAGAAGAUUACAGCGUGCCAAUUGUACAAAUUGACAGAUUUGUCUACUUAGAGACUGGCAAGCCUGGAAUUUUGGGAGGCGAUAUUCAUGGGCUUAAGCCUUAUGACCGAAACAACGACAUUUUUACUUUUCUCAAACUUUACAAUCCGGAAAGACAACAAACUGAAUUUAAAGGCACUGUUAUUUUAAAUUUGGGCAAUGAAGUAGGAGCUCAUUUUGAGGAGAUUAAUCAAAUAAUUGGUCUUCCGCCAGAUACUCGACUUAAUCUUUACGUUGAGUACAAACCUGAUCGUAUUAUUCCUAUAAUGAAUGCCAAUACCCGAAUUCGUGAUGUACAAAUGUUGACAAACGAUGGAUCUAUUAUAAUUGCUGAAGACGCCUCUAAAACAACUGAGGAAAAUAAUACCCAAAUUUAUUUUCGAGCAUUAUAUAAUCGAAUUGAGGUUGAAGCACAUUUUCAUGAAUUUGUAGCAAGUACUAAACCUGAAUUGGAAGCGCCGAUGCAACCAAUUAGAGGACAAAUUGGAUUGGACUGGAAAUUGCCUAAAGUUUGUGCUUGGAUUGGCGAUCAGAUUGAUUAUGAUCCGGCAAAAAUUCUACUUUUUAAAAAUGCAACUCAUACUGAAAAACCAGCUAAUCCUCUUUCGUAUCAACAUAUGGAAGAAUAUUCUUUGCUUUACAUUUUGGGAUUGGGUGCUAAUAACUACGAUCCUCGUUUUCAGCGUUUAUACAAGCUUUUUUACUCAAAAUUGCCCAUUACAUUGGAAGAAUUUGAUGUUAAAUACCACAUUCUUCUUUAUAUAAUGAACGACAAAUUUGUGCUUUCCGAAUUGAGCGUUUUUGUGAAUAAAUCAGCAACUGUACAAGAUAUACUUGAUGAAGCAAAAAAGGAUUUUAAAUUUUCUGAAGAUGGAACAGGCAUUUUAAGGCUCGUUCAUACGAGUUCAAAUGACACUUGUUCUAGAGCUUACCAAAUAUUAAAGACAGAUGCUUUGUACAAAGAGAUUGUUAUGAGAAACAAUAAUUAUGCGUUCCGUGUGGAAGAAAUUCCAAAGGAUCAACUCCAGCUUAGCGUUGAUGAGCAAUUAUUGCCAGUUGCGCAUUUUGAAAAGGAGCCAACACGGACUUUUGGCGUUCCAUUUUUUAUUAAAAUUACUAAUGGCGAAAAGGUUGCUAAUAUUAGAGAGCGUAUUCGGCAAAUGAUUGAAGUGCCAGAAAAGGAUUUUGAGAAGUACAAGUUUUGCAUCGUCAAACAAAAUCGAAUACUUCGUGAAUUUGACAGUCAUGAUGACAGUUCUAUUGUUAAUUUGGUUGAGCUUUUGCAGAGUCAUAUAACUUUCCCUGCGGCUGCUCCAUUUCUUGGCAUACAGCAUUCGAAUAAGUCUAGGGUUGCAAGAGGUCUACUCGAUUCUAAAAAGUCGAUAAUCAUACAUAAUUAAAGAAAAAAAAUUAAUUUGAGGAGAGAGAGGGUUUUCAAAAAAAUUCUUUCUAAAAAUAAUAUUGCUUUGAAUACACCCACAUUUAUUUAAAAUGCACACACAAGAUAAAAAAACAAUUGAAAAAAUGAAAAUGACCUUUUAUUAUGUCGACUUGUUUAUUAUUAAAAAUUUUUUUUGUAUGUGUUUUUUUCCGUAAGUUUUUCUUUCUGUAAUUUGCACCUUUUUUCUGUGUUGCGAGCAUCUCACAGUUUGAAAAUUUUUUUUCUGUGCU